AGGAUCACAAGAGAUGCAAAGAAGUCUCGGUGGUUUGAAUUUCCUGACCUUCAGGGUGCUGCAGACCUUCCACAGCUUACGUUGAUGCUGGACCCAACUGCCAGCGAUUUUCACAAUGUUUACAACGUCUCCAUUCAGGUGGCGGAAUCAUUUUCAUCGGAGAAGUUGGCCGUCGUUUUGCUCCGGGCAGACUUUGCCAGUGCGCUGAAAUCCUUUAAGAUCAAAGCAGGCGAAAUUCCCACUGUGGUGAUUGUGAAUUGGACGAAUGGCAUAGGGCAGCGGCCCUACCAGCUUUACCUGCACUCCCAAGGAGAGCCGGGGCGCUUGACGGUGCCGGAGCUUCAGGGCUUUGGCCAGAUGUUUUUGAGAGGUGAGGUGACGCAGUGGUUUCGAUCUGCACCAGUUGUCGAUGAUCCUGUGCAGCACGACUCCAAAUCUGGUGCUCUGGAGAUUGUAGGCUCGCAGUUUCAAAGGCUUGUCAUAGAUGAUCAGAAGGAUGUUCUGGUGAUGUUCUUCGCCCCCUGGUGCGGCUUCUCCAAGCGGAUGCAGCCCCGCAUUGACGAGCUUGCUCGACGAACGCAGCAAUUUUACAGAUAUUUCGCAGUGCUGAAGAUUGACGACACUCGCAAUGAUGUGGAUCAUCCUGUGAUGAUGCGCCUCACUGGCUAUCCCUUCCUGGCGUUUUUCCCAGCUGGCAAGAAGGCUGCUGCUGAACAAAUUCGAGUGGACGGUCGCCUCCUAGGUGAUUCAGAGGCAUGGCUUCAGGAGGCGAUGACCAAGUUGCAGCCCUUGGCCACUCACAGCAUCUCCUUGAUGUCGACUCCAGACUGACAAGCACAUCUGAGAUCAUCUGAGCACAUAUGCUUUCUUUACUCUAACAUCUUGCCAACCCCCUCUAACCAUCUCUAACCCUCCCUAUAGCUGUUCGCGAAGAAUGAAGUACAGACAAUCUGGCGGACCAGCUGAGGGCAGACGCUGCAGAUGGGGAACAAGGGCUGCUGACAGAUGCCGAAGAGCGGCAAGAGGAGUUCUGAGUGAAAAGUGAGCAUUUGUCGGAU